UCUGCUAGCUCAGGGGGCAGACUCAAGCAAAGCUGCGAGCAGGCCUGGGGAAUGACCCCCCGAUCUCCAGCCGGCGCCUUCCGCGGCUGCACAGCUCUCCCAAGCUGGCCCUGGCUCUGUCCCUUCCCUGCCACAUGGGCCCUCUGUCUCCCAUCAGGACGCUGCGGUUCUGGGGGCCUCGGAGCCUGGGGGUGGCUCUGGGCAUCUUCAUGACCAUCGGAUUUGCCCUCCAGCUCUGGGGGGGCCAGUUCCAGAGGAGGCUGCCCGGGCUGCAGCUCCGCCAGCCCUGGGCCCCGUCCCCGAGGCCAGCCGUCUCGUCCUGCCCACCGCGGCAGCGCCUGGUGUUCCUGAAGACGCAUAAAUCCGGGAGCAGCUCCGUGCUGAACCUGCUGCAUCGCUACGGUGACCGGCACGGGCUGCGCUUCGCCCUCCCCGCCCGCUACCAGUUUGGCUACCCGAGGCUCUUUCAGGCCUCGUGGGUCAGAGGUUUCCGCCCUCGGGGUGGAGGCCCCCAGCUUCCCUUCCACAUCCUCUGUCACCACAUGAGGUUCAACCUGAAGGAGGUACUUCAGGUCAUGCCUUCUGACAGCUUCUUCUUUUCCAUUGUCCGAGACCCGGCGGCUCUGGCCCGCUCUGCCUUCUCCUACUACAAAUCCACUUCGUCGGCCUUCCGCAAGUCACCGUCCCUGGCUGCCUUCCUGGCCAAUCCUCGAGCCUUCUAUCGGCCUGGGGCCCGUGGAGACCACUAUGCCCGCAACUUAUUGUGGUUUGACUUUGGCCUUCCCUUCCCCCCCGAGGUGAAGGCCAAGAGAAGGAGUCUUUAUCUCCCCAGAGACCCCCACUCCACCCAGUUUCGCGUCUUGCCUUCUGGCGCUGGCCCUCGGGCCCAAACCCUAGAUCCCAGCGCUGUCUUCCACCCUGCUUCCGCUGUUCCUGUUGGCCACGGCCAGACAUCCAGCCCUGCCUCUUUAGAUCUGGGGUCGUCACCCCUCAUCCAGUGGGGUCUGGCCUGGCUGGACUCCAUCUUUGACCUGGUCUUGGUGGCAGAGUACUUUGAUGAGUCAUUGGUUCUGCUGGCGGAUGCCCUGUGCUGGGGCCUCGAUGACGUGGUGGGCUUCAUGCAUAACGCCCAGGCAGGAGGUGAGCAGGGCCUCAGCACCGUCAGCAACCGCGGACUGACCGCUGAGGACUGGCAGCUGACGGCCCGGGCCCGGGCCUGGAACAACCUGGACUGGGCUCUCUACGUCCACUUCAACCGCAGCCUGUGGGCACGGAUCGAGCAAUACGGCCAGGGCCGGCUGGAGAGUGCUGUGGCCGAACUCCGGGCUCGCCGAGAGGCCCGGGCUAAACACUGUCUGGUAGGGGGUGAGGCUUUAGACCCCAAAUUCGUCACCGACCGUCGGUUCCGCCCCUUCCAGUUUGGGUCAGCUAAGGUUUUGGGCUACGUACUGCGGAGCGGACUGAGUCCCCAAGACCAGGAAGAGUGCGAGCGUCUGGCCACCCCCGAGCUUCAGUACAAAGACAAGCUGGACGCCAAGCAGUUUCCCCCAACUGUCUCGUCGCCCCUCCAGACUUCAAGGCCGCUCUCCCCAUAAGCGUGGGACUGCAGGCUCAGUCGGAGAGCAGCAGAGUUAGAAGGGCACAUGCCAGGGGCGGCCAGGGGCCAUUUUUGCUUCCCUGAGAAGGGAGGCGUCUU